GGCCCCAGCACAGGCGGCUCAGCCACUGACACAGCCCGCCAUGGGGACAGCCACCAGGAUGCUCUGUGCCCUCCUCAUCCUCUCCACGCUGUGCUGGCACAGCCUGGCUCAGAGAGCUCCAGCCAUGCCGGACAAGUGCUGCUUCAACUUCCAGACCAGAAGGAUCAAGAGGGACAACGUGGUGGCCUGCUACCCCACCAGCCCCGAGUGCCCGCACCAGGCUGUGAUCUUCAAGGUGAGGAACGGGAAGGAGAUCUGCACCCAGGCCAGCAGGGCGUGGGUCAAGAGGUACCAGCAGAGCUUCCAGGUCAGCUCCUUCUCCAUCCCCAGCUAGUGGGGUGGCUGGGGACGGCGGGGACUGCUCCUCGUGGGGGACACCACCGAGGCAGAGGGGACAUUUCUGGAUGGAGCAGCUCACAAGGGACAUCCUCCUUGUCACGAUGACCCUCACCACCUCCCUGAAGGCAAAGGGCCUUUGCCAGCCCAGCAGGAUGGACUGCCCUGACCCUCUGUGGCCCGUGGAGAGGCUGCAGCAGGCGGGGGGUGGAG